AUGAGAUUCACUCAGCUCCUUCCAUGCUUGCUUUCACUUUCAGCACCAAUUUGGGCAAAAUUUGAAGACACAACUCCGCCAAUUGAAAUUGUUGGCAACAAAUUUUUCUACUCAAACAAUGGUUCACAAUUUCUCAUGCGUGGUAUUGCUUACCAAGAAGAUACUUCAUUGAUUUCCAAUACAAACCUUAGUUACAAAGAUCCAUUGGCCGAUGUUGAAGCAUGCAAACGUGACGUUGAGCAUUUUAAAGCUCUAAAUACCAAUUGUUUGCGUGUCUAUGCUAUUGACCCCGAUUUGGACCAUGAUGAAUGUAUGGAACUUUUAAGUGAAGCUGGUAUUUACAUCAUUGCUGAUUUAUCACAACCUAAGACUUCAAUCAAUCGUAAUGACCCUCUGUGGGAUUUAGACCAUUAUGAAAGAUAUACUGAAGUUAUUGACAAAUUGAGUGAAUACUCUAAUGUUUUGGGUUUUUUCGCUGGUAAUGAAGUUACCAAUAACAAAUCAAAUACUGACGCCUCACCAUUUGUCAAAGCCGCCGUUAGAGAUAUGAAGAAAUAUAUUGAAGACUCCAAUGGAAUGAGGAAAAUACCAGUUGGUUACAGUUCAAAUGAUGAUGAAGAUACUAGAAUUGCCAUUGCUGAUUACUUUGCUUGUGGAUCAGUUGAAGAAAGAGCCGACUUUUUUGGUAUCAAUAUGUAUGAAUGGUGUGGUAACUCAACAUAUGCCACUAGUGGUUACAAAGACAGAACUGAAGAAUUUGAACAUUUACCAGUCCCAAUCUUUUUUUCAGAAUAUGGUUGUAAUGAAAAAAGACCAAGAUUAUUUACUGAAGUGCAAACUUUGUAUUCACCUUUAAUGUCAGACGUUUGGUCAGGAGGUAUUGUUUACAUGUAUUUUGAAGAAGACAACAAAUAUGGAUUGGUUUCAAUUGAUGGAUCAUCGGUUUCAAUAUUGGAUGACUACAAGUACUAUAGUUCAGAAAUUAACAAUAUCAGCCCCAGCUAUGCCAGAGCAUCCAAUGAGGAAACUGCAACCCUGACCAUUACUUGUCCCGACACAGAUAGCACAACUUGGCAAGCAUCAGCUGAUUUACCACCUACUCCCGACAAGGAUUUUUGUGAAUGUAUUGCCAAGUCAUUUGAAUGUGUAGUUGCUGAAGACGUUGAUGAAGAAGAUUAUGGUGAAAUUUAUGCUGACGUGUGUGGAAGAAUUGAUUGUUCUGAUAUCAGUGUCAAUGGUACUUCGGGUGAUUACGGCGACUACUCAUUCUGCUCCCAUCGUGAUAAAUUGUCAUUCGUAUUGAACUUGUACUACCAUGAUCAAAAUGAAAAUAGCAGUGCUUGUGACUUCAAUGGAAGUGCAUCAGUCAACAGAGAUGCUGAAUCAACUUCAAGUUGUGGUGUUGGAUCAAGUAGAAGAUCACAAGGUACUAGAAGUGCAACUUCAACCAAUAGCAACUCCCAAUCCACUACAUCGGGAUCCAGAUCAAACACCAACGAUGCAAACAACAGCCACAUUCCGAACAUGUCCAAGUUCAGAUUGGUCUCUUAUGUCGGUUUCGUUACCGCCAUUGUGGGUGGAAUUUCAUUCGUUCUUUAA